AUGUCAUCCGAACACGCACCGGUGGUAGCGUCGAGAAAAACCAGCUUCCGAGCAACUGCAGCUGGUAUUGCUGGUGUGAUGGAGAUUGGCCUCUUUCAUCCUUUUGACACGGUGGCGAAACGCCUGAUGAGUCACCACGGCCCUAUUCUUUGCAGACCUAUUAGCGCUAGUUUUUGUACGGUUAACGAAAUUAUCUUCCGUGCUAAGGCACAUGCCAGUGCAUGGGAGAAAUUAUUAUAUUUAUAUCCCGGUUCCACAUAUGCUGUGGGUUAUAAGGUGUUGCAACGUGUGUACAAACUCGCUGGGCAACCCAUCGUGCGUGAUCAUCUUAAAUGCCAUUAUGACCGGGGUUUCGAUAAUGUUUUUGGACGUCACAGUCGUCUCGCAAUGGAGGCUGUUGCAGGAAGUAUUGUUGGUGGUGGUGAAGUGUUAUUAUUGCCACUGGAUCGACUGAAGGUGUUGAGCCAAACAAAUGAAUCGGCGCUGGGGCGUGGCGUUGUGGAGUUGGUGCGACGUGAAGGUGUACGAGGAAUGUACGCUGGCACAUUAGUGACUGCAAUGCGCAAUGUGCCCGGCACCUUUUGUCUUUUCGGUGGCGCCGCCUUCACGAAGGAGUCCAUAUUUCGACUGGAAGACUUUAGUAAGGCGAGCUUCUUCCAAAACAUGUGUGCAUCUGGCGUGGGUGCUUGUUUAGCAAUUGCAGUAACAAAUCCCAUGGAUGUUAUUAAGACACGUGUGCAGAAUAAAGAUCCGGGCUCAACGCUUACGGGACUGGUAGUGUUCCGGAAGUUGCUGCGCGAGGAGGGACUCACCGCUCUGGCAAAGGGGAUAACACCAAAGAUAAUUGCCUCAGCACCAAAGCUUGUAUUUGCAUACAGCAUGACGGAGUUUUUGCUUCAACUACUGGAGGGGGAAAAAAGAGGGGUGGUUCGGCAUUAA